AUGGAGCAAACAGUGCUUGUACCACCGGGACCUGACAGCUUCAACUACUUCACCAGAGAGUCUCUUGCAGCUAUUGAACAACGCAUUGCAGAAGAGAAAGCUAAGAAUCCAAAACCAGACAAGAAGGAUGACGAUGAAAACGGCCCAAAGCCAAAUAGUGACUUGGAAGCUGGAAAGUCCCUUCCAUUUAUUUAUGGAGACAUUCCACCUGGAAUGGUGUCUGAGCCCUUGGAGGACCUGGACCCAUAUUAUAUCAAUAAAAAAACUUUUAUAGUAUUGAAUAAAGGGAAGGCAAUUUUCCGAUUCAGUGCCACUUCUGCCCUGUACAUUUUAACUCCCUUCAAUCCUCUUAGGAAAAUAGCUAUUAAGAUUUUGGUACAUUCAUUAUUCAGCAUGCUUAUUAUGUGCACUAUUUUGACAAACUGCGUGUUUAUGACAAUGAGCAAUCCUCCCGACUGGACGAAGAAUGUAGAGUACACUUUCACAGGAAUAUAUACAUUUGAAUCACUUAUAAAAAUCAUUGCCAGGGGUUUCUGUUUAGAAGAUUUCACUUUUCUCCGGGAUCCAUGGAACUGGCUUGAUUUCACUGUCAUUACAUUUGCAUAUGUGACAGAGUUUGUGGACCUGGGCAAUGUCUCAGCAUUGAGAACAUUCAGAGUUCUCCGAGCAUUGAAAACAAUUUCAGUCAUUCCAGGCUUGAAGACUAUUGUGGGAGCUCUGAUUCAGUCAGUGAAGAAGCUUUCUGAUGUCAUGAUCCUGACUGUGUUUUGUUUGAGCGUAUUUGCUCUCAUUGGACUACAGUUGUUUAUGGGCAACCUGAGGAAUAAAUGUGUACAAUGGCCUCCCACUAAUUCCUCUUAUGAGGAACACACUAUUGAAAAGAAUGUUACUAAGGAUUACAAUGGCACCCUUGUGAAUGAAACCAUCUUUGAGUUUGACUGGAAAUCUUACAUUGAAGAUGAAAAGUAUUUUUAUUUUCUGGAAGGAUAUAUGGAUGCACUCCUCUGUGGUAACAGCUCAGAUGCCGGCCAGUGUCCAGAAGGAUAUAUGUGUGUGAAAACUGGCCGAAAUCCUAAUUAUGGUUACACAAGCUUUGACACCUUCAGCUGGGCUUUCUUGUCCCUGUUUCGCCUGAUGACUCAGGACUUCUGGGAAAACCUUUAUCAGCUGACUCUUCGUGCAGCUGGCAAGACCUACAUGAUAUUUUUUGUCCUGGUGAUUUUCUUGGGCUCUUUCUACCUUAUCAAUUUGAUCCUGGCUGUGGUUGCCAUGGCCUAUGAGGAGCAGAAUCAGGCCACCUUGGAAGAGGCAGAGCAGAAGGAGGCUGAGUUUCAGCAGAUGCUGGAACAGCUUAAGAAGCAACAGGAAGCGGCUCAGGCAGCAGCAGCAGCCACUGCCUCUGAGCAUUCCAGAGAACCUAGUGCUGCAGGUGGACUCUCAGAGAGCUCUUCAGAAGCCUCAAAGCUGAGUUCAAAGAGUGCAAAGGAAAGAAGGAACCGGAGAAAGAAAAGAAAACAGAAAGAGCAAUCAGGUGGAGAAGAAAAAGAGGAAGAUGAAUUCCACAAAUCUGAAUCUGAAGAGAGCAUUAGGAGGAAAGGCUUCCGAUUCUCUAUUGAAGGGAACCGAUUGACCUAUGAAAAGAGGUACUCCUCCCCACACCAGUCCUUGUUGAGCAUUCGUGGCUCCCUGUUUUCUCCAAGGCGCAACAGCAGAACAAGUCUUUUCAGCUUUAGAGGGCGAGCAAAGGAUGUGGGAUCUGAGAAUGACUUUGCUGAUGAUGAACACAGCACAUUUGAGGACAAUGAGAGCAGGAGAGAUUCCCUCUUUGUACCUCGCCGCCAUGGAGAACGGCGCAACAGUAACAUAAGUCAGGCCAGUAGAUCAUCCCGGAUGCUGGCGGUGUUUCCAGUGAAUGGGAAGAUGCACAGCACUGUAGAUUGCAAUGGUGUGGUUUCCUUGGUUGGUGGACCGUCAGCUCCUACAUCGCCUGUUGGACAGCUUCUGCCAGAGGUGAUAAUAGAUAAGCCAGCUACUGAUGACAAUGGUACAACUACUGAAACAGAACUUAAAAAGAGAAGGUCAAGUUCUUUCCACGUUUCCAUGGAUUUUCUAGAAGAUCCUACCCAAAGGCAAAGAGCAAUGAGUAUAGCCAGUAUAUUAACCAAUACUGUAGAAGAACUUGAAGAAUCCAGACAGAAGUGCCCACCCUGCUGGUAUAAAUUUUCCAACAUUUUCUUAAUCUGGGACUGUUCCCCACACUGGUUGAAAGUGAAACACAUUGUCAAUCUAAUUGUGAUGGAUCCAUUUGUUGACCUGGCAAUUACUAUCUGCAUUGUUUUAAAUACUCUGUUCAUGGCCAUGGAACAUUAUCCAAUGACUCCUCAUUUCAAUAAUGUGCUUUCAGUAGGAAACUUGGUCUUUACUGGAAUCUUCACAGGAGAAAUGUUUCUGAAGAUAAUUGCCAUGGACCCCUAUUAUUAUUUUCAAGAGGGCUGGAAUAUCUUUGAUGGUUUUAUUGUGACCCUUAGCUUAGUAGAACUUGGACUGGCCAAUGUGGAAGGAUUAUCCGUCCUCCGUUCUUUCCGACUGCUCCGAGUUUUCAAGUUGGCAAAAUCUUGGCCAACACUAAAUAUGCUGAUAAAGAUCAUUGGCAACUCAGUUGGAGCUCUGGGAAACCUGACAUUGGUGUUGGCCAUUAUUGUUUUCAUUUUUGCUGUUGUUGGCAUGCAGCUUUUUGGUAAAAGCUACAAAGACUGUGUCUGCAAGAUUGCCCCUGACUGUGAACUUCCACGAUGGCACAUGCAUGACUUCUUUCAUUCCUUCCUGAUUGUGUUCCGGGUGCUGUGUGGAGAAUGGAUAGAAACCAUGUGGGACUGUAUGGAGGUGGCAGGCCAAGCCAUGUGUCUUACUGUCUUCAUGAUGGUCAUGGUGAUUGGAAACCUAGUGGUACUGAAUCUGUUUCUGGCCUUACUACUGAGUUCAUUUAGUGCAGACAACCUUGCUGCUACAGAUGAUGAUAAUGAAAUGAACAACCUCCAGAUUGCUGUGGAUCGAAUGCAUCGGGGAGUAGCUUAUGUGAAAAGGAAAAUAUAUGAAUUCAUUCAGCAGGCCUUUGUCAGAAAACAAAAGGUUUUAGAUGAAAUCAAACCACUUGAUGAUCUGAACAACAAGAAGGAUAGCUGCAUGUCCAAUCACACAACAGAAGCAGGAAAAGAUCUUGAUUAUCUGAAAGAUGCCAAUGGGACUACAAGUGGAAUUGGGACAGGCAGCAGUGUGGAAAAAUACAUAAUUGAUGAAAGUGAUUACAUGUCAUUUAUAAACAACCCCAGCCUCACAGUAACAGUGCCAAUUGCUGUUGGAGAAUCUGACUUUGAAAAUUUAAACACAGAAGACUUCAGCAGCGAAUCAGAUCUGGAAGAAAGCAAAGAGAAACUCAACGAGAGCAGCAGCUCAUCUGAAGGCAGCACUGUAGACAUCGGGCUUCCUGAAGAGGAACAGCCUGUAGCAGAACCUGAAGAAGCACUUGAACCUGAAGCCUGUUUCACUGAAGGCUGUGUACGAAGGUUCAAAUGCUGUCAAGUCAGUGUGGAAGAAGGCAGAGGAAAACAGUGGUGGAACCUGAGAAAAACCUGUUUCAGGAUAGUUGAACAUAACUGGUUUGAGACUUUCAUUGUUUUCAUGAUUCUCCUCAGUAGUGGUGCUCUGGCAUUUGAAGACAUUUAUAUCGAACAGCGAAAGACUAUUAAAAUCAUGUUGGAAUAUGCUGACAAAGUUUUCACUUACAUCUUCAUUCUAGAAAUGCUUCUAAAGUGGGUGGCAUAUGGCUACCAAACUUAUUUCACUAAUGCCUGGUGUUGGUUAGACUUCUUGAUUGUUGAUGUCUCUUUGGUUAGUUUAACAGCAAAUGCCUUGGGUUACUCAGAACUUGGUGCCAUUAAAUCCCUCAGAACACUAAGAGCUCUGAGACCUCUUAGAGCCCUAUCAAGAUUUGAGGGAAUGAGGAAAGUACCAAAUAUUCUGACUUCAUCUAUUUGCCAGAAGGUGGUUGUGAAUGCCCUUUUAGGAGCCAUUCCCUCCAUCAUGAAUGUGCUUCUGGUUUGUCUUAUAUUCUGGCUAAUUUUCAGCAUCAUGGGAGUCAAUCUGUUUGCCGGCAAGUUCUACCACUGUGUUAAUACCACAACUGGUGAUAUGUUUGACAUCUCACAAGUCUAUAAUCGUUCUCAGUGUUUUGAACUUAUAGAAAGAAAUGAGACUGCCCGGUGGAAAAAUGUUAAAGUAAACUUUGAUAAUGUAGGAUUUGGGUAUCUCUCUUUACUUCAAGUAGCCACAUUUAAAGGAUGGAUGGAUAUUAUGUAUGCAGCUAUUGACUCAAGAAAUGUGGAACUACAACCCAAAUAUGAAGACAACCUUUACAUGUAUCUUUACUUUGUUAUUUUCAUCAUCUUUGGGUCAUUCUUCACCUUGAAUCUAUUCAUUGGUGUCAUCAUUGAUAAUUUCAAUCAACAAAAAAAGAAGUUUGGAGGCCAAGACAUCUUCAUGACAGAGGAACAGAAGAAAUACUACAAUGCAAUGAAAAAACUGGGGUCCAAGAAACCACAAAAGCCAAUACCACGGCCAGGGAACAAAUUCCAGGGAAUGGUCUUUGACUUUGUGACCAGACAAGUCUUUGAUAUCAGCAUCAUGAUUCUCAUCUGCCUCAACAUGGUCACCAUGAUGGUGGAGACUGAUGACCAGAGUGAUGAUAUGACUAGCAUUCUAUCCCGGAUUAACCUGGUGUUCAUUGUCCUCUUCACUGGAGAAUGUGUACUGAAGAUGAUCUCCCUCCGCCAUUACUACUUCACCAUAGGAUGGAACAUUUUUGAUUUUGUGGUGGUCAUUCUCUCCAUUGUGGGGAUGUUUCUAGCAGAGCUGAUAGAAAAAUAUUUCGUGUCCCCUACCCUCUUCCGUGUAAUCCGUCUUGCCAGGAUUGGACGAAUCCUUCGUCUUAUCAAAGGAGCAAAGGGAAUCCGAACACUCCUCUUUGCUUUAAUGAUGUCCCUCCCUGCUCUGUUUAACAUCGGGCUCCUGCUCUUCCUGGUCAUGUUUAUCUAUGCUAUCUUUGGAAUGUCCAACUUUGCCUAUGUCAAGAGGGAAGUUGGAAUCGAUGACAUGUUCAACUUUGAGACCUUUGGCAACAGCAUGAUCUGCCUCUUCCAAAUUACCACAUCUGCCGGUUGGGAUGGUUUGCUUGCACCCAUUCUUAACAGUGGACCACCAGACUGUGACCCUCAAAAAGUUCACCCUGGAAGCUCAGUCAAAGGAGAUUGCGGCAACCCCUCAGUUGGGAUUUUCUUUUUUGUCAGUUACAUCAUCAUCUCAUUCCUGGUGGUUGUAAACAUGUACAUCGCUGUUAUCCUAGAAAAUUUCAGUGUUGCUACUGAAGAAAGUGCUGAGCCACUAAGUGAGGAUGACUUUGAGAUGUUCUAUGAGGUGUGGGAGAAGUUUGAUCCUGACGCCACUCAAUUCAUGGAAUUUGAAAAACUUUCUCAGUUUGCAGCUGCACUGGAUCCACCUCUCAAUUUGCCACAACCAAACAAAAUUCAACUUAUUGCCAUGGAUUUGCCCAUGGUAAGCGGAGACCGAAUUCACUGCCUUGACAUCCUGUUUGCUUUUACAAAACGUGUUUUGGGAGAGAGUGGAGAGAUGGAUGCUCUCCGAAUACAGAUGGAAGAGAGGUUCAUGGCAUCUAAUCCUUCCAAAGCUUCCUAUGAGCCAAUUACCACGACACUGAAAAGAAAACAAGAGGAAGUGUCUGCUGUUAUCAUUCAACGGGCUUACAGACGUCAUCUUUUAAAGCGAACGGUAAAACAAGCCUCAUUUACUUAUAACAAAAAUAAACUCAAAGGUGGGGCAAACCUUCUGGUGAAAGACGACAUUCUUAUUGAAAACUCUAUCACAGAAAAAACAGAUCUGACCAUGUCCACGGCGGCUUGCCCACCUUCCUAUGACCGAGUAACAAAGCCAAUCCUGGAGAAACAUGAGAGAGAAGACAAAGAUGAUAAGGCCAAGGGAAAGUAAACAAAAUCAAAUAAAAAUGAUUGUGUGACAAAUUGUUUACAGUCUAGGAAGGUGAUGUAUUUUUGUCAACAGGACUCCAUUCGGAGGUCGAUGCCAAACUGACUGUUUUUACAAAAAAUACACUCUAAGGUCAGUGCCUAUAAUAAGACAGUGACCCCUCUGUGACUGAAUAAAGGGGAGACCACCUUGACAAGAGGUUACUGUUCUCACUACCAGCUGACACUGCUGAAGAGAAGAGACAAAUGGCUACUCAGACUGUAGGGACCAGUUUAAAAAGGGGUGCAAACCUAAAAUUUUGGGUGGGGGUAACAUAAAAUACUUUAGUAUAGUAAUUGUAUCCACUGUUUGCAUCUCAACUGCCACAUUUGUCAUAUUUUUACAAAAUCUGUUAGUGGAUUCAUCUUUUUUUUAAUUCAUAUGUUGUUUAUUAUAUGUGACUGUUAUAUGUGACUAUUUUUGUAAAUGGGAUUUAUGUUGGGAAAAGGGGUUAAGAACUACUUUUCAGGUAUGACCUCUGAGGGUUCUACCCUAUGGAUCCUCCAAUAUACACAAAGAAAUGGUUUGCAUGAAGGCAUGCUGCACUUAGAGAUCUUGCAUGAGAAAAAAGUUAUAAGGAAAUCAAUGGAUUUUUCAAUUACUUCAGUGUUUCUGGGAGGGGAGUUGGGUAAUAAAUUGGAGGUGCUUAUCUGAUUGUGUUUGAUCAAAGCCAGAUAAGUCUUUUUAUACCCAGAAAGCCUCCCCCAUCCCCACCCAAGAACAUAAUAAGUGGAUUGUUUUUAGGCAGGCCAUUAUAUCUCAGUAGGUGCAAACUUCAUACAAAUGUCUGGAGUCACAAAUGUUAUGUUUUUCUUUAUUGUGUAAAACAGAACACUGAAUAACCUAAUGAGGCUGCCCCUGGAAAAUAGAAUUGACCAAAAGAACCUUUAUAAAGUUCUGCUUAAUCCUGUACUUUGUUUAGCCAUCUUCAGCUCUCAACAAGGUUGACAUGUCCGUGUUAACAAAAUGCCCUGUGUUAUGUAAAUAGACAUUUUACUCUGUGGUGCAUGUUUGAGCAAACAAAUAAUGACCAGAGCACAGUAUUUAUUGCAUCAAAUAUGUACCACAAGAAGUGUAGAGUGCAAGCUUUCAACAGGUAAUAUAAUGUAUUCUGUACCAUUAGGGAUAGUUUGGAUGCUAUCAAUGCAUGUUUAUAUUGCCUAUGCUGCUGUAUCCAGCUUUUUCCACUGUUGAGAAUCUCCUAUAUGAGAAACCAUCUAUCAGUGGUAAAGUCAUGGAACUUGUCCAACAGAGCUCAUUCCUUUAAAUCAUUAAGCAAUAGUUUGCAGCACUUUAAGAGCUUUGGGGUUUGUAUUUUUAAAUUUUAAGUAAAUAACUUACGGUGUAUAGACAGACUGUACAGACAUGAAACAAACUGCUUAACCUGUUAAA